AUGACUGUGUAUGCCUUUGCCAUUGAAGUAACGAUACAACAAACUGGACUUGCUAUUCUGGGAAGGAACGCCGUUUUAAAAUGUCACUACCGAGAGACAUCUUCGUCUACCCAAUCGGGACUCGUCUACUGGAACUCAGAUAUUGAAAAGAAUUUCAUCAGUGGUACAUCGAACACCAGUACCACAAAUACUUACCGCCCUCAACGGUAUCAAAUGUGGUUUGAUGGAGCAUCAAAUGGCGUCUUAAAGAUUUUGAAUGUGGGUUUUGACGACGAGAUGACGUAUGCAUGUGGUGUAAUCACAGAAAGCGGGAGCGGCCUAUCAGAAGAUUUUGAGCUAAUUGUUCUAGCUCCACCGUCUCAUGUAACCAUUGAGAGCAAAGGAUCCAGCAGCAGUGAAGUGGUCGUCGUUAGUGGUCAAUCCCAUUCAAUUACAUGUACUUCCGGGUCAAGCAAACCUAGUGCGAGUAUCACGUGGUCUAAGGUAGAUGUGAACUUUGACCUCCAACUUCAUAAAUCAGAUCAGUCCACCACCCCUUCAGAAUCAGAUGAUCGCAUGGUGAUUACACAGCGUCUGGUGAGUUUCAUACCAAUGCCACCCCAUGACAAGAAGAGAUUACGUUGUGCCGCUUCUCAUCCUGCACUCGAAUCUACGCUAUCAUCCACGGUGACAUUACGAGUCAUGGUUCUCCCUCGUGAUAUGAGGCUGAUCUUGAAAGAACCCGACCUAGAGACCACCUUAACCGGAAACCUUAAUAUAGAUGAUGGUGAUACCACCACCUUCCAAUGCCUGGUCCUUCAAGCUUCUCCUGCAGCCACAAUCACCUGGAGGAUUGGUGAAUCUCCAGGAGAUACUAUUGACGGGGAAACCAGGGUAACAGACAGAGGUGAUGGUCUGAUGGAUACCGAUUCUCAAGUCCAACUGGUUAUUUCCAGCGAGCAACACCAUAACCGUCUUCUGACAUGUGAAGCUACUCUGCGCAUCAACUCGAAGACCCACAAGAUUGCAAGAUCCGUUACUCUACUUGUUCAUGGUCCCCCGAAUAUGAUAACACUUGACGGAACAAACAACCUCCUUGAAGGUGCUCAGAGCUCGAUAACCUGUUCAGCGCCCAACGCUUUCCCUGAGCCAAGGAUCACCUGGGACAUCGAUGGCCGUGAUGUCACGGGAAUGACCACAAAAGGUGCAAGUGUAACAGCUAGAGGGCGCUUUACCGUAGAGAGUUCUCUUCCCCUUGACGCCGAAAGAAGCGACAAUGGGAAAGUUGUGACGUGCAGAGCGAUUCAUUCAAGUGUCAGUGGUGGGGAAGAUCACGUGACGGAUGCAGCAGCCACACUUGAUGUUCACUAUUGCCCAUCGAAUAUCACAACAACAUGUCCUGUGGUACGAGAUUGCGACGAAGCCAGAGUUCGAUGCAGCGAGGUGAUUAGCAACCCGGCCACCGUCGUGAGGAUGUUUCAACAUGAGCAGACCGUUUCCCAAACCUUGACGACUGUAGAUUACAGAAAUGUGACGUCUCCGGUCCAUGGGGUAAAGACAAAUGUCAUUUACGAGAGGCAAUUCACCAAGGACAGUGGUCCCAGGGAGUUCCGAUGUUGCACAGAGUCUUCUUCGAUUUGUCCAAACAUAAUCUGUCAUCGCUGUAGAGCUGACAUUCAGUAUCCUCCUGAAGUUUAUCGGCUUCCGGAAGGUCAAACACUUCAGGUCACAGAGGGGGAUAGUGCUAAUUUGACGUGCUGCGCAGACGCGAACCCCACUCCGGAAGGACUGAUCACCUGGAGUGUACAAGGUCGACAUAAUGUCUCCUGUUCACCCGAAGGCCAUUCACAUGUUAUUGAAACAGUCAGGGGAUCCACAGGUGACGCUUGCAGCACGUUGACCUUUGAACCUGUGACCGCAGGGGAUGCCGGGAUACACGAAUGCAUGGCUGACAAUGGAUUCGCUACCUCGUACCAUGUCACCUUCGAGCUCCAAGUAAAAUUCCCGCCUUGCGCUACGGCAGACCAAAGCUCCAUGUUAUUAAACAAUGGGAGUGACGCUACUCUACUGUGUGACGUCAUUUCAAACCCACCAUCCGAGGUCACGUGGUACUUUAACAACCAACCAAUCAACACGAGCAGUCCGCGGUAUCAGGUGACUACUGGUGGCAGCAGUGGGAUCAAUCACAUGCUUAUAAGAAGUGAGAUUGAAAUACUUGGCAUAUCUGCAUCGAUUGACGCAGGGAACUAUUCCUGUAUGGCGUACAACUCUCUGGGUAAUGUCACGAGCGUCACUCAUCUUAAAAUUGCAACCGUACCAGAUCCACCGACGGAACUACACGCUCCCAUAAACUCAAUAAAAGAAACAUCGUUAUUGGUGGAAUGGAAACCCGGCUACAACGGUGGCAAGGAACAGACAUUCCGAUUGGCUUAUUGUUUGGUUGACUCAAUGACGUCAUGUUUUCAGAUAUCCAACCUUCGUAAUAAAACAUCCUUCGAGUUUGCAGAUACCCUUAAACCAUACACCUUAUAUGCCAUUAGUGUCUGGAGUAAGAAUGAAGUAGGGAAAAGUACCGAAGUUUCGAUCAACGCCUCGACAAAACCUUUGUCACCUUCGGACUUAGAAUUCGAAAUCACCUACAGCCCAAGCCAGGGCGUGGUCAUCAUGCAGUCUGCAGGCGGGUCAGCGAUAGAUGGCGCUAUUCCCAAUGACCUCUGCAUCCGGAUUGAGGUCAAUCUAGGUCAGGACUGGGUCCCAGGAGAAGGAUGUCUUGAAGUGGGCGUGGUCAAGACUAUACAACGUGAUCUAUUGGAAGGUCAGCUUCGAGGAGUAAGCUGUGGUCGAGAGUUAUGUAGCAGCCACAGUUCAGUGAUUGUUCAAAACAGCCAAGGUAUCCCCUGGACUAUUAUCAUAAUCAUAUCUGGUUCCGUUGGAGGCAUCAUAUUAUUAAUAAUCAUUAUAAUCUUUUGUUGGUGCAUCUGCCAGAGGAAGAAAAAUAAGAAGGAGACAAUUAGAGAUCUCAAAAAAACAGUAUCAUCUGAUCCUGUCCAGCGGACUUCGAGCAGUUGGUACCAACCUUUGUCCUUCUGGAGCAAUUCCCUACCACCUCCUGCUCUACCACCGGAUAGGCCGAGUAUCAAGUCCAAAACGGAUCCCGAUGGUGAAGGUAAGUAUCAGACCGACACUUACGAGAUUCCGGAUCAACCUCCUAUUCGGACAUUCAUGUAUGACGACACUUCACCGAGGUCACCUUCUGCAGUGAGAGAAGACCCGGAUUUUGCUGAUGACGGAUAUAUUCCGAUGAUGACCAACACAAUGACAACAUUCACGAAGCCGCCCAUCAAACCUAAACCUCCUAAACCAUUACCUAAACCCUCAGCUACAUAUGACAGCAUCAAAGGAGGGAUUUAUGAGAAUCUCAGGAUUUGAAAGGAAAGGGUUCUAGAUAAAAAUAUAUAAUUCUUAUCAUACCCAAAGGAUCCACUUCAGCUCUUCUGAACUGUACUUUUCGGACCCUGCAUAUGACACGAUGUUAAUAUUACCCUUUACCAUUCUAUAUGAAAUGUC